AAAAUGCACCUGUUUUCACCGCUCAACCGGAAUAAAGUCGUCACUUUUCACCUGUAGUCUGUGACGCUUCCGGUCAUAGUUUGGUGGAAAACACGACACAGAUUAUUUGUGAAGAAGAAAGAGGACGAGAAGAGGAGGAAGAGGAGGAAGAGGAGGAGGUUCUCGUGUUCGUGUUGUUCUGGAAUGUUCUGCAGCUACUGACCCGUAACAUUAACCUGUCUUCAUGACGCGUUCACGGACCUGUGUUCACUCACGUUAAACAGAAAACAAACACUGUUUAUUUAUUCAUAUAUAUAUUUUAAUCUAACUGCUUUGCUCAUUUAAAAUCACGUGGGAAACUAAGUAAUAUUUCUGUCUAACUUUAGUCUAAAUUAAUAUCUUUAUAGUAAAUGAAGUUGAUUCUGUGGACAUUUAAAGCAGUGUUUUAAAUCUGGGGAUUAUUCAGGAAACUUUGUGCAAAUCUAAAAACAGUCCACUCACUAAAUAGUUGAUGCUGCUGCCACCUUGUGGUGAUUUCUUUGAUUUAUAGAAAUAUCCACAUAUAUCAAGCUGAAAAAUGACAGAAAAUAAAAAUAUUCACAUUUCAGAAGCUGAAAAAUGACAAAACGUAGAAAAUAUUCACAUUUAAGAAGCUGAAAAAUGACAGAAACUAGAAAAUAUUCAUAUUUGAGAGGCUGAAAAAUGUCAGAAAAUAAAACAUUUUCACAUUUAAGUGUGUGUGUUUGUGCGUCUGAGGCAGAAUGGCGUCCUGGUGUUGGUCGUCUCUGGUCCUCUGUCUCCUCCUCACGUCGUCCUCGGCUCAUGGCGACAUCUUCACCUCCAUCAGUCACAUGACUGAUCUGCUGUUCACAGAGAAGGACCUGCUCACGUCUCUGAAGAACUACAUCCAAGCAGAGGAGAAGAAACUGGAGCAAAUCAAAACGUGGGCUGAUAAACUGGACGUCCUCUCUGCUGCUGCCACUCAGGACCCUGAAGGUUUCCUGGGUCAUCCAGUGAACGCCUUCAAACUGAUCAAGAGGCUCAACACUGAGUGGGCGGAGCUAGAGAGUCUGGUGCUGAGUGACAUGUCUGAUGUCUUCGUCUCUAACCUCACUGUCCACAGACAGAACUUUCCUGACUCUGACGAUGAGACCGGAGCAGCCAAAGCUCUGAUGAGACUGCAGGACACGUACCAGCUGGACACGGACGCCAUCGCCACUGGACAGCUGCCAGGCUCCUCCUCUAACCGCGGCUCUCUGACGGUCAGCGACUGCUUCGACAUCGGGAGGUCGGCGUACUUGCAGAACGACUACUAUCACACGCAGCUGUGGAUGAUUCAGGCUCUGAAGCAGUUGGACCAGGGAGAGACGUCCAGCAGCGUGGACGCCAUCACCGUCCUGGACUAUCUGAGUUACUCACUGUACCAGCAGGGGGAGCUGGAGAGAGCGCUGCAGCUCACCAAGAGGCUGCUGGAGCUCGAUCCGAUGCACCAGCGAGCUACCAGAAACCUCAGGUACUACGAGCAUCAGCUGUCCAAUCAGAAGGGAGCAGUAGGAGGGGCGGAGUCUGCACAGAGACAGAAGGGGGAUACGCACGAUGUCCCCGACGACUUCCUGCCAGUGAGGCGGAGCUAUGAGGAGCUGUGUCGAGGCGAAGGCGUGUCGAUGACGCCGCGCAGGCAGAGCCGCCUCUUCUGCCGUUACCACAACAACAACCGCCACCCGAGGUACGUGAUUGGUCCAGUGAAGCAGGAGGUCGAGUGGGACCGCCCCCUCAUUGUCCGCUACCAUGACAUCGUGUCGGACAAAGACAUGGAGACGGUCAAAGAGCUCGCCAAGCCCCGGCUCAGGCGUGCGACGGUUCACGAGGCUCAGACGGGUCAGCUGAUCACAGCUCCUUACAGAGUGUCGAAGAGCGCGUGGCUCAGAGAACACGAACAUCCAGUCGUUGAUAACAUCAACCAGAGGAUCGAGGACAUCACUGGUCUGGACAUGUCCACAGCUGAAGACCUGCAGGUGGCUAACUACGGUGUUGGUGGACAGUACGAGCCUCACUAUGACUUUGGACGGAAGGACGAACCUGAUGCCUUCGAGGACCUGGAGACAGGAAACAGAAUCGCAACAUGGCUGCUUUACAUGAGUGACGUACAGGCAGGGGGCGCCACAGUCUUCACUGAUGUCAGAGCUGCUGUGAAGCCUAUAAAGGGGACGGCCGUGUUCUGGUACAACCUUUAUGCCAGCGGAGAAGGAGACGAUCGGACGAGACACGCCGCCUGUCCGGUUCUGGUCGGGAGCAAAUGGGUGUCCAAUAAAUGGAUCCAUGAGCGAGGACAAGAGUUCAGGAGACGCUGCGGUCUCCGCAAAACGGACUAGCAACGCUAACACUGCCCCCCUCAGGCCGCACGUGUGAUGUCACAUGUUUAUUUUCCUGUGUGUGUGUGUGUGUGUGUGUGGACAUGUGACCUUUAAGUGUAACAUUUACAACCGAUUUGACUUUUUGUUCCACGAUUAAUGAGCCGAUCGUCGAUUAUUGAUCAGAUUCUGUGAUCAGUUCAGAUUUAGCCACACACUUUUAUUUUGAAAAGCAGAAAACUUUCCAAAAUCACUCCAAAGAGUUACUGAUCAGCAAAUAUACAUUUUAUUGAUAAAGAAAAACUUUAUUGAUCCAGAACUGGAGAACAUUUUUAUUUAUUUAUUUUGUUAAAAACACACAUUAUUGCUCCAUCUGUGUGUGUGUGAUCAUGUGUUUUUUUGAUUGAAAAAAUGCUGUCAUAUGUUUAUAUUUUUUGAUUGAAUGUGGAUUAAAAAAAUAUAAUUUUAUUAUAAUAAUAAAUG